GUCGAUCAUGCGGGAGACUUCAGCGGAGGACAAACACGCGCCCGAUGGCGACCCGUGACCCCAGUGGGACUCGAACCGAACCAUGCCGAACAGAACUGAGUCCGAUGCGCGCGAGACAGUGGUGGCGCGCGCGCUCACCGGUUGCCUGCUGAGCGUUCUGAUCCUCUGGACUCUGUUCGGGAACAUUUUGGUGUGUGCCGCGGUGCUCCGGUUCCGACACCUGCGCACGAAAGUCACCAACAUCUUCAUCGUAUCUCUGGCCGUGUCGGAUCUGUUCGUGGCGGUGCUCGUGAUGCCGUGGAAGGCGGUAGCGGAGAUGGCCGGCUUUUGGCCGUUCGGCGCGUUCUGCAGCGUCUGGGUGGCAUUUGACAUCAUGUGCUCCACCGCGUCCAUCCUCAACCUGUGCGUCAUCAGCGUGGACCGCUACUGGGCGAUCAGCAGCCCGUUCCGCUACGAGCGCAAGAUGACCCCGCGCGUGGCCUUCGUGAUGAUCGGUGCGGCGUGGACGCUGUCCGUCCUCAUCUCGUUCAUCCCGGUGCAGCUGGAGUGGCACAAAGCCGCCGCGCAGACGAACGCGUCCGGCACCGAGAACUGCGACUCGAGCUUGAACCGCGAGUAUGCCAUCUCCUCGUCACUCAUCAGCUUCUACAUUCCUGUGGCGAUCAUGAUCGUCACGUACACGCGGAUCUACCGCAUCGCGCAGAUCCAGAUCCGGAGGAUUGCGUCGCUGGAACGCGCGGCCGAGCACGCGCAGAGCUGCAGGACGAGCCGGCUCGCGUACCGACACCACAGCAGCCUGAAGAACUCCUUCAACCGCGAGACCAAAGUUCUGAAGACGCUGUCCGUCAUCAUGGGCGUGUUCGUGUGCUGCUGGCUGCCGUUCUUCAUCCUCAACUGCACGGUUCCGUUCUGCGACAAGCCGGGCUCGGGUCUGCCGUGCGUCAGCGAGACCACCUUCGACGUGUUCGUGUGGUUCGGCUGGACCAACUCCUCUCUGAACCCCGUCAUCUACGCGUUUAACGCGGACUUCCGCAAGGGCUUCGCCAGUCUGUUGGGUUGUCGGAACCGCUGCGCGAGCACUCCGGUGGAGACGGUGAACAUCAGCAACGAGCUCGUGUCCUACAACCAGGACACGCUGCUUCAUAAAGAGCUCGUGAACGCGUAUGUCAACAUCAUCCCGAACGUGGUGGAGUGUAUGGACACCGAGGAGGAGGCGUUCGACCGGAUCUCACAGCUGUCACGGAACGAUUCGGUGUGUGAUGUGGAUGCGUGUGAGGCGGAUAUCUGUCUGGACACACUCACACACUUCACGCCGAACGGAACUUGUGCUGCUCACAUGUGAACGUUUCAUUGUAUGAUUCAGUCAUCUCAGUUUGGUGUAUAAAUGUCAAAACUCCUUGGUGAAGUCUGAUGAGUCUGGAUGAGUGCACUUUGACCUUUAGGAUGGGCAGUAAGUUCUCUGGUUUUGACCGGGGUGGUAUGGGCAUCAGAAGUGUAGAGGGCAAUGCCCCCCCAUAGACCCAGGCAUUGACUAGAGACUGUGUUGCAGUGCUUUUAUCUGUCAGUGUCCGGUGUAAUCAAAUUACAAAGUAAUUAGUUACUGUAAUCAAAUUACUUUUUAGUCAAAAAGUAGUGUAAUGCAUUACAUUGUAAAUGAUUGUAAUCUGAUUACAGUUACUGACUUUUGAUGAAUUACAUUUAAGUACAUUAUAUGAAUUAUGGCCCCAU